AAUGGCGUCAGCAAUGUCGCUACGGCCAUUAAUCAGUGAUCCCGAGAAGCACCGAAUUCAAGCUUUCUCGGAGGAAGAAGAAGAUUCUAGGCAAAUGGCUCAACAAUGGAUGUAGUCUUCCUGCUUGUGCGGGUUGUGAUAAAGGGGAGGGCUCAUGGUGUCUUCUACAGGAACUGGACUGUGGAGAAUGCUACACAACUGGAGUUGAAGGGUUGGAUCAGGAACAGAAGGGAUGGUAGUGUGGAAGCUCUUUUCUCUGGGGAGCCCUGAUGCAGCAGUACAGGAGACGGAACAGAGAUACAGCCGUGGUCCACCUGAUGCCAUGGUUAUUGGCCUUGAAGUUUUCCCUUCCAAUGAUGAUCCUGGCACCGGAUUGAGCGGAAACCAACAGUCUGAAAACCCCACACCCAAAGAGAUUAUUGUCUGCUUUCUAUCACAAUGAUGGACUAUAUACAACAGGCCCUCCCCAAGCCCUUCCCACCUUUCUCAAGAUUUAAAAUUGAUCUGUGAAGAUUUAAACUUCUAACCACUCGGACACUCAUAGGGGACAACCUGGAUGGCUUUUUGAGCAUGAGAUAUGACAAUUCCUUUUCAAGUUAAAUGGGUUCUGUUUGAUUUUUUGCCUUUUAGUCUUAGUAGUCGCUGAGUGCGAACUAACAACCGGAAAUGGAAAAUGACUUGAUAUAUGUUUGUUACCUUUCAGCCUACCUAACUGAAAGUUAGUUCAUCACAUGGCAUUAUCAUUUGACAUGCAGUCACAUGGAUUUGUUGCUCAUGAUCUCUCAUUUGCAAAUGAGAUUCCUCACAGGACAGUUUCCUCACAGGACAGUUUCCUCUAAUGUACAAAGACAUGCAUUUGGCUUUCUUUCUUCUUGUUCAAUUGACCCUUGAGUGAUAGGGAUGCAAGUGCGAUGAUCAUUUAUUGUUUUAGAUUGUAUUAAAAGGUUUUAGCUUUUUAGUCUUGUGACUUGUGGAACAGAAAAAGAGAAAUGGAAAAAUUUGCAAGUGGUAUAUGUAGCCUGUAGAGUCAGCCUCAAGUAUCCUGCAUUGCUUAUUAUCGCCAGAGCUGUAGCCUUGC